UCCGCUACAUGUGCCAGGCUGCCUGCCAGCUUGACCUUUCUGCUGCAGUGCUGCUUGGUGUGGAAUUGCGUAUUUGGCACGACCGCUGGAAGUGAAGUGGGUGUACACAAUACUACUGCAGAAACAUCUCAGUGAUCAGUUGGAGCCUAAAAGCCAUCCUUCGUGUAAACGAUCAUAAUAUCAGAAUCCCACUCACCAACUUCUCUCCCUCCCAUUCUCGCCUCAUGAUCCGCAGUUUCCUCUCAAUUGCUUCGACCGUUCUACGCUUCCCCGCUCCGACCUGCGCUUCCACUCCUACAGCUGGAAUUCAUUCGAUUUCCCGCCAAACUGGAGGAGCUGUAUAGCCUGAGCAGUCAUGGCUGACCAGUCGAUCUUGCGGAUCACGAGAGAGCUACGUGAUAUCCAGAGGGGAUCCGACUUGUCAAUCGCCGUUGCCUGCAAAGAUAGCAACGUGCGACAUAUACGGGCUCUGAUAAUCGGUCCACCCGAUACUCCGUAUGAGUUUGGAUUCUUCGAGUUCUCAGUCAAAUUUGGUAGAGAGUAUCCUACAAAGUCACCGGCCGUCAACUCGUUGACCACAAAUGGUGGACGGACACGAUUCAACCCGAACAUCUAUGCUGGAGGCAAAGUUUGCCUGUCGAUAUUAGGGACAUGGCGUGGCGAACGAGGGGAGGAAUGGUCAUCUGCGCAAGGCCUCGAAUCGAUCCUGAUUUCCAUUCAAAGCUUGAUGUCUGGGAACCCUUAUGAGAAUGAGCCCGGCUUCGAAAACUCCAACACCGACUAUGACAAGAAGAACCAGCAGGCGUAUGUUGCGAAGAUUCGACAUGAAACUCUUCGUGUCUCCGUCAUCGAACGACUUGAGGGCUAUUUGGGGAUCAACAAAUACAAUGGGUCAUAUGUCAUGCCGUACACCCCGGAUGUGGAGACGGACAACAGAGGGGAUAUGGGCUUUGAGGCGGCGUUCGAACCGUUCAAAGACAAAGUCAAGCGGCUAUUCUUAUGGUACUAUGACUCGUAUGUCAAGGCGAUCGACGAGGAGUCCAAGAAGCACUCCGACGGGAGUCGGUUCGAGAAGAUGCCGUUCGAAGGCACCGGCAAUACCAUGGAAGGCACUUUUCAGUACACCGACCUGAUGACCCGGCUCACCGUGAUCCGCAUGCGACUCAUGCAAGAAAGCGACGGCUGGGUGACGGAAGGGAAAAUUGCGGCCUCGAAAGAGUCCAGCCUCGCCAACAACCUGCAGCGACAGUUUGAGCAGACCGUGGAGCUGUUCAAGAAGAACGACGCCAUCGCCCUGGAUCUCGAGCUGGUGGACAGCAACCCGUUCCUCUGGCAGCUGGUCCUCUUCGGCCGGCCCAUGACCAACCUCGAUGGCGGCAUGUUCCGCGUCAAAAUCUACAUCUCCCCGCAAUUCCCCAGCGAACUCCCGCGCGUGAAGGUCGAGACCCCCAUCUUCCACCAUCGCGUGUCGAAGGACGGCCAGCUGUGUUUCCUCGUGCAGAAGCCGGAUGAGCUCUGCUCGUACGUCGAGGCUAUCGUCGCCGCGAUCGAAGACGAGAAUCCCGCGUACGAUCCCCGGACGCUCGUGAAUCUGGAGGCAUCCCGGCUAUUCUGGGGGUCCGUGGAGGAUAGAAAGGUGUACAGCCGCAAGCUUCGUCGGUCGGCGCAAGACAGCUCAGAAUUCUGACCACUUUCAACCCACGUAUUCCCUCAUGUCCGUGAUGAGCUCCCAUCGCUCCACCAUUUCCGGCGCACCCUGCUUCCUUCCAAGAUUCCAAACAUAUCGCGCCACGCGACGAUUAAUUUCGCUUCCCAUGUUGGUGUCAAAUUACACUGUUUCUGUUUUAACGAUGAUGACGAUGGCUUUCACGCAUUCUCACGCUCAGCGAGGCGCUGGGGUUCACGGGAUGAUGGACCAUGGACGAACAUGAACGGUCGGUGGAUCUCGGCAUCUUUCAUAGCCACGGACGGCGUUUUAUGGAUGGGUACUUAGCAAAUCACAUAGGAUAAGUGGAAUGCCUUAUCGCAUUUUCGAGGAUUGCCAAGUGGCGAACAUGGUGAACGUGUCUGUGUCUGUGUCCCUGUAAGAAGUUCUGAUGGAGCCUUGUAGAGUGGGGGAUCUAACAAUUAUCUAACUAUUAUGGUCCUG